AUGUCUAUAGUCACGUUGACUGCAUUGUUUUUGUUGCUCAGCUUGAUACCUUUCAAUUCCGGUGAAAUUGAUUGUCGAACUACAUCAUGGUGGGUACUUCAACCAUUUCCGAAAUCUGUCCUCCAAGGAUUUCUCUCGAAAUCCAAGGAGCAUCUAACUUUUAAUUCAUCCAAUCCAUUGGCAAAAUAUAUGAAGACUAAUGAACAUCCCGUUUAUUUUGAAUUUAAUAAACAAAACCAAUGUCAACAAAGUUCAUUACCACCAGUUAUAGCCAAUGCAACAGAGCAAACAUUCAUCGAAUUUAAGUUACAAAUACCAUAUUUAAUUCGAAAGGAUAAAACAGUGAUGUCGAAACCUCUUAUUUAUCAAAAUAGUAAACUCAACACACUUGCUACACAUCUUGUCUACGGUCUUCCAGCUGAAUUUGCUACUAUGUCUGCUAACUUUGAAAAUUAUAAAUAUUCAAUAUCAUAUGAACAUGGACUAGUCGAAGCUUCAUUUGUGCCGUUAACACCAACUUUACUACCAUUUGGUUCACCUGAAACAGUCAAUUUUUCAUCGUUUAUCGAUGCAAAUGUUUCGCCAUGGCUUGCAUUCCCUCCACUUUCGCAUACAAAGUGUGCUUCAAAUCUCUAUGAUUUCCCUCACACUGGUCAUAUUCGACCAGUUAAGAUGACGUUAAAUAUCAUCGGAAAUAUUCUUCAAGAUAUUCCACAGGGCACCUAUGGCAACGAAGGAAAUCAGCCAUUAGGUGCAUGGCAAAUCGAGCUAAGUAUACGCGAAAACUUACUACGUCGUUCCGUUGAAAAUCAUAUUCUCACCUAUCGACACAACCGACGAGAAGAUGAAAUACUCAAUGAUAAAUUUACUCUGUAUCAACGGCAAAUUCGUCUCAUUGAUCAUAACAUUCACAUGGCAGAACGUCGGUUUGAGCAACAUGCUAAAUACGAUCUUGGUCUCGUUGUUUCAUAUAAACGAAAACCAUUGGAAGCGUCGAAAAACCAUCGAUUCUACUACGCAUCAACGAAUAAAAAUUGGACAACGAAAGAAUAUUCGGUUGAACCACUACAAAAUAUCCUUGAACAUAAGAAUUUAUAUGAGUAUGCAUUUGAACGUCGAUCACGACAAUAUCGUGAAGAAUUAAAAUACAAAGAUCGAUUACAAAAAGUGCGCAAAGAAAAUUUCAUGAACACAACUGAAGCAUUCAUUCGAGACGAACAACAAAGACACAAUGAUUGGGCAACAAAGGACUAUAUUCGAUACCAUUUACCAAGAGUUCAAUCUGUGAAAAAAACUCCGUUACCAAUGAUUCGAUUUCCUAUUGAAUACUGA